UUAAAUCCCGGCGAGAACUCUCUGCAAUCGGUUGGCCAUGGAGCUGCUACUGCUGGUACUGCUGCUCGCACUUCGCUUCGGUGGCUCGGAAGUACUCAAGAUAACCUUUUGGAUUGAGCCCGUUCAGCGGGCGGAAUUCGAUACCGAUAUAGCGGUGGUACUCAAGGAGUUGGAUGCACUGCGUCUGGAUGUUAAGGUGGACGAUACCACCUUGACUCUGACCCGGUCGGAAGAUGGCUUGGACAUGCAGCGGUUUUGUGAAAUUCUGUCCACUGCCGGUGCAAGUGCCGUGAUCGACCUCACCUACAGCCACUGGGAGGAGGGCUAUAACCUGGUCCGCACCCUGGGUAUUGGCUAUGUGCGUCUGGAGCGGAUUAUGCGUCCCUUCCUGGACAUGUUCGGUGACUUUAUGCGCCAGAAGCGAGCCAACAACGUGGCAAUGGUGUUCAUGAAUGCCCGCGAUGCCGGCGAAGCCAUGCAACAGAUGCUAAUCGGCUAUCCCUUUCGAACACUCAUCAUGGACGCCAGUCAGACCGAUCCUGGCCAGCAUUUUCUCGAGCGCAUCCGAUCGCUGCGUCCGGCGCCAACUUAUAUAGCCAUAUUCGCACGCGCGGCCGCCAUGAACGGCAUUUUCGAAAAGGUUCAAAAGGCUGGACUCUUUCAACGGCCGCUGGAGUGGCACUUUGUGUUCUUGGACACUCGGGAUCGGGUAUUUAAGUACAGGCGCCAGGCGGAACUGUGCACCCGGUUCACAUUGAGUCCUCGAGCGAUCUGCCGAUCGAUGCCCAUGCCGGAUCUUUACUGCGGAAGUGGAUUUACGAUGCAACGUGCCAUGCUGCUGAAUGUGCUGCGCAGCCUGAUAAACGCCGCCCAGGUGAGUCCCGGUUAUCCGACGGCCAUUUACCAGGACUGUAAUGCCACCGCCUCGUCGUCGGAGGUGGGGGAUCCGUUGGAGAAGGACGACUACAACUGGCUGGACAUGGUGCACUGGAGUAACUUUCUCGCGUACGCCACGCCUUCGCCUCAGAUCCAGGGUCAAUUCCAAAGACCAGUGCCGGGUCUCACCUUUGCGGUGAACAUAUCCGCCGGAUACUACAGUUCUGAGCACGAGGCAAAGACAGAUCUGGCCGCCUGGUCGUCGGUGGGCGAGAUGCGGCUCCUGAACGAGACGAUCAGUCCGGCACGUCGGUUCUUCCGGAUCGGCACCGCCGAGAGCAUUCCUUGGAGCUAUCUGCGUCGGGAGGAACGCACCGGUGAGCUGAUACGGGAUCGCAGUGGUUCGCCCAUUUGGGAGGGCUAUUGCAUCGACUUCAUCAUUAGGCUCUCGCAAAAGCUGAACUUCGAGUUCGAGAUCGUGGCCCCCGAGGUGGGACACAUGGGUGAGCUGAACGAGCUGGGCGAGUGGGAUGGCGUGGUGGGUGAUCUGGUCCGUGGCGAGACAGACUUCGCCAUUGCCGCACUGAAGAUGUACUCGGAGCGGGAGGAGGUGAUCGACUUCCUGCCGCCAUACUACGAGCAAACGGGCAUAUCGAUCGCGAUUCGGAAGCCAGUGCGCCGCACAUCGCUGUUCAAGUUCAUGACCGUGCUCCGACUGGAGGUCUGGCUGAGCAUAGUGGCCGCCUUGGUCGGUACGGCCAUCAUGAUCUGGUUCAUGGACAAGUACUCGCCGUACAGCUCGCGGAACAAUCGGCAGGCAUAUCCGUAUGCCUGCCGAGAGUUCACCCUGCGGGAGAGCUUCUGGUUCGCCCUUACGUCGUUCACGCCGCAGGGCGGAGGAGAAGCACCCAAGGCCAUUUCCGGACGGAUGCUGGUGGCCGCCUAUUGGCUGUUUGUCGUGCUCAUGCUGGCCACAUUCACGGCAAAUCUGGCUGCUUUCCUCACCGUGGAGCGCAUGCAGACGCCGGUCCAGUCGCUGGAGCAACUGGCUCGACAGUCAAGGAUAAACUACACCGUGGUGAAGGACUCCGAUACUCAUCAAUACUUCGUGAACAUGAAGUUCGCCGAGGACACGCUGUACCGGAUGUGGAAGGAGCUGGCCCUCAAUGCUAGCAAGGAUUUCAAGAAGUUCCGCAUCUGGGACUAUCCGAUCAAGGAGCAGUAUGGCCAUAUACUGUUGGCCAUCAAUAGCUCUCAGCCGGUGGCGGAUGCCAAGGAGGGAUUCGCCAAUGUGGAUGCUCACGAGAAUGCCGACUAUGCAUUCAUCCACGAUUCGGCGGAGAUCAAGUACGAGAUCACGAGGAACUGUAAUCUCACCGAGGUGGGCGAGGUGUUCGCCGAGCAGCCGUAUGCCGUGGCCGUCCAGCAGGGCAGUCAUCUGGGUGACGAGCUGAGCUACGCGAUUCUGGAGCUGCAGAAGGAUCGUUUCUUUGAGGAGCUGAAGGCCAAGUACUGGAACCAAUCGAAUCUGCGUAACUGCCCGCUGUCGGAGGACCAGGAAGGCAUUACCCUGGAAAGCUUGGGCGGCGUCUUUAUAGCCACCCUCUUUGGCCUCGUCCUCGCCAUGAUGACCCUCGGCAUGGAGGUGCUCUACUACAAGAAGAAGCAAAACGCACUGGAAAUAACCCAGGUGCGUCCGGUGGAUGAUUCGUCGGGGUCCGGAGGCAAUUCUUCAACAGCUCCCCCCACUGCAACUAGCACCACGAAGCAGGCAUGGCACAUCCCUGUGCUUCAGGCGGAGGAGAAGCCAGCCAAGGUAUCGCCACCGCCCUCCUUCGAAGCAGCCACUUUCAGGGGCAAGAAGCUGCCGGCCAGAAUCACCCUGGGUGAUGGCAAAUUCAAGCCGCGUCAGGGACUGUACGCAAGGAGGAAUCUCGGUGCCUCCGAUUCCCACAGUGGCUACAUGGACGAAAAAGUAAAAUUCUUUGGGGUUUUUAUCAAGCGCGGAACUCUGCGCCGGAACGUUCCGCCCGGAAUCGCGGAUCAAAAGUGCCACGAGACGUCGCCGAUAGAACAGAAGCGGAAAAUUUGGGGAAAAUACGGAAAUAUGUGGGCUCCCGGCGGGGAUGUUAAAUCAAUAGUGGUGCUGGCGGCACUAGCGGCGCUUCUCUGGGCCCCACUUGAGGUCCUUGGGCGGAAGCACCACCUGGAAGUGAGGAACGACCGUCGCCAGUACAUCGCACUCAGCACCUUUGGAUUCUACACUAAUGGCCAUUUAGAUGUGCAGCUCAGCAAGUUGACUUUUGACAAUGAACAGCUUACAGAUUUGAUGGGUCUGUCGCUGGACAAGACCACUAUUGACCAGCUGAAUCCCUACUUGGACUCGCAUCAAAACAAAUGCAUCCUCGAGGAAUCACCUAAAUCCCAGAUCAGCGGACCCAUUCUCUUCUUCGUGCUGGACCUCAAGGAACUGAAAGUUCGUGUUAAGUGCUCCCCCGAAUGGCACAACAUGCACAUCUACAACCAAAUCCCGUCCAGAACCAAGCGGCACUCCCAUAUGGCCAAAGUCAGCGAUUCGGUCCUGUUUCGGCAGACCCGCGCUGCCCAAGAUUUCUCCGCCGAGGGUCCAGAUGAGUCCAUGGAGGAUCCCUUGGAGCAGGAACCGGCGGACUUAAAGUCUUCCUCGCCUGCUGCGGUUGCAGGCAAAAUUGAGCUGCCCAAAGAUGAAGGUGCACCCAAGGUAGAUGCUCCUGCCCAGAAUGUUGAUGCUGUCAAAGAAGAGUCUGUUCCCAAGCCACCAGUGGCUGCCAAUCAGAAUAUUUCUGACAAGCAGGAACUGCCUCCCCCACCAAAUGCCGCGCCUAAAUUAGAGGAAGCCGUUAAGAGUGAACAGAAGCAGGAGAAAGCCCCCGCUAAAAAGGAUGAAACCCCGGCCAAACAGGAGGAAACCCCAGCAAAGCAAGUACCCGUAGAAGAGCCAAAAGUCGCAGCCCCACCACCGGCCGUAAAUAGCCCAGCAGCUGCUCCGUCCCUAGAUGAUACUCAAGUUAACAAAAAAAAUGAAGACACCGAUACGGACGCAGCUCCCGGAAACCCCUUCCCGCACGAGGACGAUUCCGAAGAAGAUUCAUAUGGACCCGACUCGUUUAAGCAAUCGCAAGAAAACCUGUGCAAGGAUUCGACCAUGCCGCUGGUCAGGGAGACCAUCAACAAUGUACACUACUACAGCUUUAACUUCUCUAUGAUGGUGGCCACGCCCAGUGACGAGGGCUUGUACAACCUUUACUUCCACGCCUGUCCCAAUUAUCACACCUCAAAAAUAAUGUCCUUCAAUGUGGACAUCGAGGAGAACAACAAUGGCAACUACUUGUCGGCUGGAGAAAUGCCCCUGCCCGCCUUGUAUUUCAUGAUGAGUCUGCUCUUCUUUCUCUCCGGCCUCUUUUGGGUUUUCAUUUUGAAGAAGAGCAAGCACACUGUGUACAAAAUCCAUUAUUUGAUGGCCGUUCUGGUCUUCCUCAAGUCCCUCUCGCUGAUGUUCCACUCGAUCAACUAUCACUUCAUCGAAAAGCGGGGCGAACACGUGGAGACCUGGGCCAUCCUUUACUACAUUGCCCACCUGUUGAAGGGCGCCGUGCUCUUCAUCACUAUCGUUCUGAUUGGCACCGGCUGGACUUUUAUUAAGCACAUUCUCUCUGACAAGGACAAGAAGAUUUUCAUGAUCGUGAUUCCACUGCAGGUUCUGGCCAACGUGGCCCAGAUCAUUACAGACGAGUCUGAUCAGAGCGACGCCGAGUUCCGUACCUGGCACAACAUAUUCUUCUUCGUGGAUCUGCUGUGCUGCGGCGCCAUCCUGUUUCCAAUCGUAUGGUCCAUCCGACAUCUGCAUGAGGCCUCUGCGACAGAUGGCAAGGCGGCGAUCAAUUUGCGCAAGCUGAAGCUGUUCCGUCAGUUCUACAUCAUGAUCGUGUGCUAUAUCUACUUCACGCGGAUCAUCGUCGAUCUGCUGCAGAUGACGGUGGUGUUCCAGUACGCCUGGCUAGACGAGAUGUUCCGUGAGAUGGCCACCUAUGUGUUCUUCGUGCUGACUGGUUACAAGUUCCGUCCAGUAUCCUCGCAUCCGUACUUCACCGUGCCGGACGAAGACGAGGACGACGACGAGGUGGAGGUGCUUACCGAAUCUGGUCUCACGGAGACGGUGCACCGUGUGAAGCAGCUAAACCGGAACCACGGAAGCGGCUUGGGCGGAAUCACCAUCAUCGAGGGCAACGAUGAUGAGCGCGAGAACCUGAUUGCAAAGCGGGAAUCAAGCCAUGAGUACGAUUAGGCCCCAUAACUCGAGGCCAAUUGAUCUGCAUCACCAAUAUUCCCUGCAUUAGUCCAUAGUCUGUAGUCCCCGGAGUCUUGGAUAUGAUGACUCAAAUUCUGAGCUAGUACUUUACUUUAAUAUAUUUGUUUUAUGUUCAGCGCAUCUUACGAGAAAUCAAUAAGAAAAUCAAAAGCAAACGCGAUGGCAAUGGCAAUGGAGGGGAAAAUCUCAGCAUAUAAACUUGUAUAGGGCAACGUCGGCACAACGUUUGGUGGGCACCAACGGCUCCUCCACCACCUCCUCCAGUGCCCGUCCAGUCGCCAGCCAAGGAACCCUUGUAAAUAUAUAAUGAAUCCGCUUAACGGAAUACUGAACGCUUGUGACACCCAGGCCCUAUCCUUGGUUUAAGAUAUACAUAUAAAUAAAUACACUUAUGUAAUUACCUAUAAUUUUAUGAAUAUAACAAAGCUUUAAUAUGUAAACCCAA